UAACGCAUCGUUUCGGUUGUGUCGCGCGCUCGAUCCGCGCGUUUCACUCACGCACGCGUCGCGGGAUAUGUACAUCGUUGUCGUCGUCAUUAUUCUCAUCAUCAAACCGUGUCGCCUGCGAUCACGAGUGUGCGUCGUCUUUGAAUCGGAAACACGCGUGCGAUCGUCAUCCUCGAAUCCUUCCGAUUGCGAUUGCGUGAUCACAAGUGCGUUUUCGAAGAUACGCGCCCUAAUCGACGACGCAUUUUUAAAAAUACGCGCUCUUCAUCAAAGCUCAAUUGUGAAACGAUCGCAUCGCAGUGAGAAAGCAUCGUUUUCAAGAGAAAUUCCAUCAUUAGGACGAGCGAGACGUCUUGUCUUGUCUUGGAAAGAGGUGUCGUCCAGAGAGGUGCGGAGUACGUCGAUCGUCAAUUAUCGAACGAAUUGUCAAGUUGAUUAUCGAUACUUAGAAGUCGGUCGAGCACGAAAUCCGCACUCAAAAAAAAUUCCCGUCGAUCCUUGUGCUCGACACGUCGGAUGGACCCCGACCGCGAGGAAGCGCAAGCCGGUACGUUCAGCAUCCCUUCGGAAAGUGUACGCGCGCGUCGCGUGGCGCGUCGCGACGUCGAGUUUGCGCGACGCGGCGCGGCGCGUCGACGACCGCACUGCUGACGACCGCCGCCGUUGAGAUCGCCGAGGUGCGAAACGAGCAGCCUUCGUUUGCGGACGAGGAAUAUCUUGACGAGGCUCGUUAUGGAUUUCCAUCCGAUGGGGGCACUAUGCAGACCGAAGAAGUCGUGCCGCAUGCACAAUCUGUUGAUAUAGACAGUGAUCUCAUUAACAGCGCUAGUUUGCAAUAUCAUUUGCAUCAUUCGGCACAUUUACAUUGUCCAUUAUCGCCCCUGAUUCACAUGGCUGUCAAACAGGAACCUCAGGAGGAGGAAGAGCGAAGUCGCGAUGUUAGCACGUUGAGCCCGCAAGUGGACAUAAGCAACGUGGCGAGUUUAAUGGACAACAAGCAGCACGAGCAGCAAAUUGGUAAUCAAGUUCAAGAAGAAAAUCCAACAUUAACCGUUCCAGACACCAAUAACCGAGGGCGACCUAGUCGUGGCCGCAGGAAAUCACGAUGGAAGCUCAAAUUCCAUCAUCAAGCAUUACCACCGGAAUAUUUGGAUCAUUACGAGGCAUCAUUAGCUCAGGAAAAUUUGAAUUUGUCGCCACCACGCCUCAUUGAACCAGCAGCAGCUAGUCCAGUACCGACGAGCACGACCUCCACUCCAAGUCCUGUCACUGAUGUCCAUGGUUGGUUGCAACGGAUCGCGGCGAUGCAACAGGAGCUUUGCCCGCAGAUCAUAUCGCCUCAAUGUUCAACAACUCUCGGUCAUAAUCAAAUCGUCGGUAGUAGGAAAUCUGUCAUUACAUCUGUAUCUUCACAGGCCUGCAAUACGUCUUAUUCCAACCAUCAUAUCCAACAGACGCAGUCGCAGACGUCUAGCAGGCCCCCGAUGAAAUAUUCUGAUCUACCGUACAUGGGUGAAAUCACUCUCGAUAACAGCAAACCUAGACGUGGUCGGAAACCGAAGAAGGCCGAUAUAUGUCACUUGAUCUACAAAAAUUAUGGCACGAUAUUGCCAGGCACGCCUGGUCACGAGGAAAGAAGAUUUUCGCCUCAGGAUAAACAAGAUUCUCAAGAGCAAGUGCCGCCUCAAAUAUCUUUCCAAAAGACAGAUGUCCAGAACAGGAUCAGCAGUUUGUUGGAAAAACGAUUGACUCAGGAGACUCGACGGAACUUGGCAUUAUCUGAAAACUCGCGGGAGCAGGAUGAGCCAUUAAAUCUUUGCAUUAGAGAUCUUAACCAGUUGAAGAUUAGACUGCUGCGAAAACACGGGAAUGUAUAUGAAUCUGGUCAGGUGAAGAGCGAGACGUCUAGCGAUGGUGAAGAAGUAGAAUGUCUAGGAACGAGCUUUCUAUCAGAAUCGCUCAAUUAUUCAGACUCAACUGAUCAUCGAUCGAAUAAUAGUAUUGUCAAUCAUAAUAACAAUGUAAUCGAUCCUAUGAUUGGUCACAAUUCCGGCUUCGUAUAUUGGCCGAACGCAGGAGUAUUUAUUCAUCCCAUGGCGUUGCAGUCACAGUUACUAUAUUAUCAAAAAGUCGCUCAAGACAAAUGUCCACCGUUGGCAUUAGAUCCACCGCCAAGGGAACAAAAGAUCGUGCCAAAAUCAAUAUAUUCAAUGAUGGAGACGAAGAAUGUGGCUCAAAUAUCGGCGUUGCCUACAAUUCAAGCAGUGUCGGCUGCUACGUCCACUUCGCCUAGACCGAAGAGGAAUGUCCCUUUAGGGCAUCAGCAACAGAGUCAACCGACCAAACGAAAACGGUCUGCCAUAUUUAUACCCCCGAUGCCAACUGAGAACAACAAUAAUCCAGCGACAGAAGUAAGCAUAUGUAAGUUUAAAUUUACUGGUGGUGCUAAACCCAGUUUGCAAGAAAAGAAGAGUCUUUCUGUGGACUCAGGCGGCAAUUUCCGUUAUUAUAGUGGUACUGGUGAUAAGAGCAUGCGCGGUUAUGAAUUCUUUCCUAGAGAGGCUCUUCAGCAACCGGCGGGCCAAUCUGAGACUACUUCCGCUGCUGGGGCCUUUCUUAAUGCUGCUGGUGAAAGACUUCAACUGCCGACCGUGUGUCAGAGGAGCCCGAUCAGUCAGGAUGACGGUCGACGAAAAAGGAAAACCAGAAAAUCUUUGCAGCGCGAAAAAUUAGAACAGACUUUUAAGGAAAAAGGUUUUCUUAUUCAGACGCAACAAUUGCAAUCCGCAGAGGGUGCUACCUAUUGUAAAUUUCGACAACUCAGAAAGUUUACGAGAUAUCUGUUCAGAAGCUGGAAAGACUAUCUGCCUGGAAAUGUGCGCGAACUAAGUGGCUGUGGUAGUGGAACUGCUGUUACAAUAGAUAAUGACGUAGCUGACGUUGAAAUCAACAGUGAUGCCGCUCUCGUUCAUACGCCACUUCCGCGGAGCAAUCUAUUGGAUGUACCGAAUAACUUCGUAGAGGAUCAUCGGACUCUACCACUCACGUGAGGUUCAAUAUUUGCGAGCGAAAGUCAUGAUACGAUGCAAUUAAUGUUGCUCUUUGUCGUUGAAUUUUUUUUGAAAAUUUUUUGUUUCUAAUAAGUUUAACAAAAACUUUUAAGUAAA